UAGUGAAUAAACACACCAUACGUAACAGCAUACAUAGCGAAAUAAAAUAAUCUCUCUCCCUGUGCUUGAUUAAAUAACAGUCAAAAACACCAUUUUAAAGAAGCAAUAAAAUUUCAGACAAGGUUAAAAAUUAAAAAAGAUCGACUUUCUAAGUGCGGAGCCUUUCAGACAGAUGCCAGAUAUGUAAUCUCCGAUGAAGUGAAUUAACAAUAAGCGAUCAUUUGACAAUGGCCACAGAGGCAGAGUCAAGUUUGCGGUUGCUUCACUCGUUAGUGAAUGCAAAAGCUCAAAAUUCGUAUGGACCUCACCAAGGAGACCCCGGCUGUUCAACAGGAGCGUUUGAUAUAAAAUAUUCCCAAUUUGACAGGGACUCAACCGACAAAAUUCUGAAAACAAUCGAACAGCUGCAGAAAAUCAAUGAAAAUUUACUGGAAGCAGAUUUUGGUGUGAACCUCCGAGUGUUAUUUGAUGAAAAAUGGGGAGUGUUAACAUUCAUCCAGAAAAUCAUGCUAUGCAAGGAGCUGGAGGCCAUAGUAAAUAAAACGCUUGAGUAUGUAAAGGAUUCGAUUGAAACCCUGAAGAAUUGCCUGCUGUUGAAACAAAUCGCAAGCAUUAGGGAUCUAAUGCUUGAGGUUGCAAUUUCGAUUGAUACAACUUCAAGGGAAAAGGAGUUGGCUUUGGACAUUUUGAUUGCUAUUUUCCAUCUGAAAAGGAACAUCUCUUCUGCUGACGUAGUUCAGACACUUGAUACCCUCCACAGAUUUGCUGUAACUUUCAAAAAACCUCCCCAAAGAACUUUUAGAAAACUGCAUCAACUCAUGGGGUUAAUCUGCCGCAACAACAAGGAUCAAGUAAAUCAACAGGUGGCCAAAGUUGAGGAGACCCUGCUUAGUUGUCUGGAAUCUCAGACUCUAGUUGAACCCAGUCAGCUGCACAGCAUGAUUGUUGAGGGUUGUUUGGAGGGAGUGAACCACAUUAUGUCGGCAAACCCUUACACGUCAGAGGAAAAGCUGGUAGCGCAGCAAAGAAUAUACUCCAUACUUAAAAAUUUCCUGGACAAAAAGUUUGCAUUGGAAGUGAGCUCUGGAGGAAGGGAGCUUUUCAAAGGGCCUCAACUUGCCUGCCUUAAGAUCCUAGUUGAAAAUGGCUCUCAGCUCUCUCCCCUCAUUUAUGAAGACUACAAAUUCUGGCAUGAAAUAUUCCUGUUUUGGGCGGCCCACAAAAAUUCCAAGUUGCACCAAAUCGGGUACCAGGGUACCAGCACUUUCUACCAUCUAAUUGGUCAGCACAUGCAAGAUUGCACUAGUGCUGAAGACAGGGCUGUGUUCAAAUAUUUCAUCAAAUAUUUCGAGGAAAAAGUGCUGUCUAUAGAAAACAAUUGCAAAAUGUAUGAAGUGAGCCUGGCAAUCCAAGGAUUUGGGGAUUUUUCCAGCCCAUGCGCAACUUUCAUGCAGCCUAAACAAAUCAGCGACAUUUUGGCGGUCAUUUUGCAAAAAGCUGAAGAAUACUUGAGGCCUGAUGAACAACGAAAUCUGAACUUGGUGUAUCUACCCAAGUAUGUUCUGGCGCUGGGUUCCAUCAUCGGCUCCAUUCCAAGAAUUGGUCCACAUUACCAGACCACCCUGGCUUGUUUGUGCGUUGUCCUCUUUGAGAGAUACCCAACAAUUCCUGUGUUCGCACAAGAGGGAUGCAUUGAAGCUUUGUUGGUCACUUUCAACACCCUCUCAGUCAAGAAAAGUGACAUUGCAGAGCAGUUCAUAGAUGAUGUAGUGUACCAGAUGGUGAUCAGAUCGUGCUCCCACAUGAUUUGUGCUGACGCAGAAAUUCUCAAAGAAUCACUGACACCCUAUGCUUCUCACAUGCUGUUGACGUACAAUCGAUUUCAUUCCAUGUGGAACGGGAUUCUCAAUAUAUCUCGGGAGCAACAGUUCAAAGGAAUUUCUGCAGAGCGAAAAGCCAUUCUUGGGGAUUCUGUGCUGUCAGCAUUUGUGAAAUGUGUCAUGAAACUUGUCCAGAAGCUAAACCUUAACACCCAAGAGCUGAAGCAGCAGCCCUUGGCAGAUGCGGCUGUCCCAGAGGUGUUUGGCACUGAUCCAGAAACGUGCCUUGAAGCUUGCAAACCCAAAGACUUUCAAGUUUUUGUCAAUUUGGUGGACCUGUGCCAUGAUCUCCUACCUAUGGUCAAAACAGAAACUUUAAUCAUUUGGCUAGACCGUUUGAUUGAAACCGUUGUCUUACAAUCUGCCAGACAACCACUUGUCAGUGGAUUCUACAAGCUCCUCACUCUCCUCCUUAAAAUUUGUCAAAAGUCUGAAUACUUCAAUGAUUCAGGAGAGGAUAAAAGCAAGAAGAAGCAGAUUUUUCAACUGCUUGGGGGAUUCCUCACUGAUGUUGCCAACUCAACAAGCCAAUUCAAAGGAGAUCUUCUGCUGUCAUGCAUUAGGCUAUUAAUGGCUGCUCCUGUUGGUCAUGUGAAAAAUUUGCUGCCAUCCUUGCACCAGCCUUUGAGAAUGGCUUUGAAAUUGGGCUUAAGCUACAUGGAAAUAACCUCUGAAGUGAUCGAUACUUUGUCUGUGUGGAAUCAAAAACUACCAAAGAACACCUUGGAGCCACUACUAUUUUCAAUUGUGCCACUGUUGGACAAGUACUUGCACAGCAAAGACCAAAGUGAUAGCUCAGAUGCGCCUGUUGAACUGGUUGAGCUGCAGUCAAGGAAGCACACAAUGAACAGAGUCGCACGUCGCAACACACAAACAGAGGCGGGCGAGAGAGAUUCAGCUUUGGCCAAUUUACAGAGAAAAAUUCUCUUGUUCUUGGCUCAGCUGGACACUCAAACUUGUUUGUCCUUGAUCAGAGUUGAAGAUUCCCAAAUUGCAGAAGAGGCAGUGUCGUGGACCACUCUAAAACUGUUGAAGCUUGAUUUACCGUUUUCUGAAAUGAAGCCUCCUAUCUUUUUAGAUGAUUUCUUGCCUCGAAUUUGCUCACUUGCCCUUGGAAGUGGUGACAGACACACAAGAAUUGCAGCUUGCGAAAUGCUCCACUCGUGCGCACUCUUCAUUCUUGGCAAAUCUGUGCAAAUUAGUUCUUCAACAGCAGAGUACUCUGAGCUUCCAAAACUCACCAAGCGUGUCUUACCAACCAUAAUAUUGCUGGGUUGUGACUCUGAUGUCCUUGUGAAGCAAUUGUUUCAGCCACUGGUGAUGCAAAUCAUUCAUUUUCAAACAAGCAAGCAGAAAAUUUCAUCAAACGAAUCUGCCAUUUUAAUCACCACUAUUCUGGAUGGAUUAGCAGAGGAGGAAAAUGUUGCCCUUCGAGAUUUCAGCUGUGUCUGUUUGAAAGAGUUUGUCCAGUGGACUUACAAACAGUGUGGAUCCAUGGUAAAUCCUGAUUCCUCAGUCAGCCUUGGUGGUAUUUUGAAAAAAAUCACACUCUUCUGUCUGCACCCAAAUCAUUUCAAAAGACUAGGUGCUGCACUUGCGGUCAACUGCUUGUAUUUCAUAAUCAGGGAGCAGAGGACCAUGGACGAGUGGUGGUUUGAACUCCUGUACUCGUUGGUUAGCAGUCUUUUGAUGAGCUCGUCUGAGGAUGAUUUAACAGGCACGCUCAAGCAAACUGUGAAAGCACUGGGGCAUGUUGAGCGCGUGCUAAGAGAAAAAUCCUCAGUUUUCAACAAAAAUUCCGCUUCAAGGAGAAUUCCACCUGAAUUUGAAGGAAACCUGUUAAAGGAUGCAGUGUUUUGGUUGCUCAAGAACUGCAGCUCUCGCUUUAGAGCGUGCAGAAACGUCUGCAGAGAUCUAGUCGUCAAAUUAGCCGUGUCCUGUGUCCCAGGUGCACAGGACACAGCGCAUGCAAUUCAUGACAUGCUAGAAGAGAAAAGUUCAACAGUAUACCUUGAAAUCUGCGAAGGAAGUGGUGAAAAUAAGCUUCAGAAGCUGCCUUCCCCUUGUCAGAACUUACCCAUUCAGUGGCUUUCGACUCUUCAAGGCUCAUUAGAGUGCUACAUCUUCAUGAUGACAAACAAUCUAGCAGCACUAACCCCCCUGUUUGAUGCGCACGCUCAAGUUUUCUUGUCUGCAGCCCAAUUCUGCAGUUGGCAGAUUGCUAAGCUGUCUGCUAUGGAAACAGACAACAGUGUCAUUUUGUCUGUGAGAGAAGCUGACGAUUUGGAAAACGAAGUUUGCCGAACCACCAUAACAAUAUUGGAUUUUGCCUGUACUGUGUACAAAAAAUGCGAAUUGGCAUCUCUGGAACCAAAUGCAAAGUCGAGAAUCCGCCACUUGUUCUCUGAUGAAUUCUGGCAAAUGCUCUGCUGGCUUGUUUUUGAACCUAGUGCUUUGUCAUUCUCCUUAAAAAAUCACUCUCUGUUUAACAACAUGCGGACUGCACUAUCCAACUGUUUUCAACUCAUCCCAGCGAAACUUGACACUAAAAGUCAGGUGAAAAUGACUGCGGCAUUCAGACACUUCUUGAGUGAACGCCCGAUCUUCUCACUGAAUGUCAAUGAUGAAACUCAGCUAAAUUUAAACGAAGAACGAGUAUUUGAACAGCAAUGCUUUGUUGAAGGGUGGCUCAUUCUUGCCAGGAGCAACAUGCUGCAGUAUUUGGAAGAGAUAGCGCCGUGGGAAUCUUCGAGUGAUUUUGUUGGCAACAUUUUGAUGGGGAAGGCGUUCGAUUGUUUAACAAGUGAACAAAAUGGAUUGUAUUUCCAAGUAAAUAUCUCAUCAAGCGCUGAAGAGUUCCUUAAAACUUCCCUCAAGCUGGCUUUCACAUUGGGAGUUCAGAAAACUAUGUUGCUCCACCGACUCAUGGAUAAUACAUUAGUGGAAGAUAUUGAGAAAAAUGUCACCACUUCGAUAGGCAAAUAUCUGCAAAACAAGAUGCAGGAUGUUAUUUUUGAAUUCCUUCUGCAAAAUCCGGUAGAGAGCAUAUCCUGCUUGCUCUCUUCUGAGGUUUUCGACGAGAGCUCUGAUGAAAUGAUUUAUGUUGGCUUGAUUGAAGGUUGCUUGGAAACCUUGAAUCUUCUACGCACCCUUUUGGCCAGCAUUUGCAAAAACGAAAUCUUAAGGGAAAGGUAUGGUUCAGACAUAGCCGCGAACGCAAUGAAUCACUUCAAUUCCAUCGUCACCUUUGAAAGCCAAGCCUUUCUUGAGGUGUUGGAGGUGGUUGCCUAUGUUGCCUCAAUGACGCCUGUAGACUCUGAGCACUGUAAAUACAUUGUAGAGUGGGUGGAUGAAAAACUCAAAGCUAGCAAUACCACUCUCAGUGUAAAAAGGCGCUGCCUCGAUGUUGCAACUCCCAUCUUCAACUGGCAUGUUGAUCAUCAAAACCAGCUUAUGUCCGCUCUUUACAAAAUGCAAGAGCAAUUCUUCCCCCUGUAUUCAAACCACUUACUGCCUGAAAGUGCUGAUUUGAUUGCAUAUCGUUCCAUUUUCAUCAGACUGCUCAAGCUGAUGCUGAUUUCACAAAGCACCAAACUUUUGCUCUUUCUUGCAUCUAUUUCAAGCAGAGACCGCAAUCACGUUUGCGGAGCAGAUAUUCAUGAUGCCUUGAGGUUGUUGGCAAAGCGGUUACCCCCUGAAAGGCAGCUAGAAGCACUCAGAAGCCUGUAUGACGCAUUCAAAGUUCAACAAGAAGUCGAGGACAAAAGUGGCUACGUUGUGCAGUACCUUGUGCCUUUCCUGCAGAAUUGCAGUUUAAGUGUGCUGCAAGAAUUCUUUGUCACGGCGAUCAAGGACCUGUGGACCAACCUCCAAACUAAAUUCGACCCAGUCAGAAACAUGUUGGCAUUCAAGCUGCAAAUUGUUACCAAAUCAGGCAGUUACCGAAUGCUUGAAAUUUUAUAUGGCCGAUUGGAACAAGCUGACUUCCAACCAGAGAAGCCAAUCGCUCUGUCGUUUAAAGAAGUGUGUGCUUCUCCCAGUUUAAACGCCUCAAUAACCAAAAUUGCGUACUCUGCCAGAAGUGAGAAAAUGGUCAUUCGCAAAGAGGAGGAAGAACUCUACAGGGAGUAUCAGUGCUGUGCCCUGAACACCCUGAUCGCACUGAUUUGUUGCGUCUGCCCUGACGUGCAACCCUCAGAGCACAGGAAGUACGCUCAGUUACUGUUUCCACACAAUCCAGACGAGUCCCACUGGGAAAAGAUCAUUGACUGCUCUCAGAGCAUCAGCCUAGGCAUGGAUUUUGACCAAAUCCCUGAAAAACGAAGCAUGCUCAUUAGUAUUAGGGCUGAUGCAAGAGGCUUGCGAAGAAGAUCAAAUUUGCGCAUGGGGAGUUCUAGUCUGCGGUCACAAACAAUUCAAUACUUGGCAUCCCAACAGCUGUUUGACAGCUCUCUUUCUGAAGACGUGACCAGGUUUGACCUGAGCAAUGUUGACGUCGUCAGUCAAGAGACGCGAAGCGUGUCCACGGACGAAGAGACUGAGAUACAAGAGGAAGUUUUUUUGGAGCUAGACUCGAUCAACAAACACCCUUGCAUGCCCAUCAUAUGCGGAGUCAUCAAGAAACUCGGGGCCAAGAUUACACUGCAGCCAGAUGAGCUUCCUGCUUGGAUGAGCAACAUCAAAAAGACAUUAGAAGAUCCUUCAACCAAGCCAAAUGUCAAACUGUUCCUUGUGAAGGUGAUGUUAAACACAGAGGAUGUGUUUCGCCCAUACGCUGCCAAGUGGAUUGAGGUGAUUUGCACCGUUGCAAACGAGAAAGCUCUCGGGAAACACGCCAAUUACAUUUUGACGGACACUGUGUCCAUGAUGCUAGGUUGGCAUGACGUUGCCACCCCCAGUCCUUCUAACGCACUCCAGAAAAUGGAAGCGAGCAACCUUCUGUCCUUCCUCAUGCGUCUGAGUGUCUACGUCCGAAGAGACAUCGCGAAGUACUACUUGGAGCUGAUCAAGACCAUGUUGGAGGUGUGGAAGCCGUGUCUCACCGUCGACUUCCAGCUGCUUUUCAACCUUGUGUGCAAGUCAGCCGACAGUAAGCAGGUGCAAGGUGGUCUACAACUGGUCGCCGUUCUUCUGGCUAAUCGACUUCUACCGUGGAACAGUAUUUCAGAAAUUGAGUUUUUGGAUGUUUUGCUGGACAAGCAUUUCAAUUGCGUUGAGAACAAAUCAACGCUCAAAUUGGCUGCUGAAAAUGUAGGUCUCCUGUUGAAAUGGCUUUUCGGACCUGCAGAACAAUUGAAACAGGCAGCCUCAAUCGAUAGGGACGUCCUUCAUGAUCGAGUAGCUAAUAACCUGAAUAAGGUGAAAGAGCAGAAAAGUAUUUUCUACGUGAGCCUGCAUAUUGUGCACAGACAUUAUCCACCAAUAGUGGAUUCAUUCAUGCACAGAAUUCUCCACAAUUAUCCUCAGCAAAUAGGUGUUUUCAAAACACAAUCCCUUAGCAUGAUAUCAAGCCGUCUGGAUAGACUGGAGGAUGCAUUCAGAGAAACUAGCAUUUUGGGUCUGGACCGGUUAGUACUGAGUAGAGAAAGUGUGGAACAAGAAAUUGCUCUGCGGAUGGUGGCCAAAAUGAUCCCAGACCUGAGUGCUUCCGAAGCCUUGAUUUUUGUCAAAAAAAUUCCAAAGGUGCUCAAAGAAUCUCGGGUAGAAAUCCGAGACCAUUCCUACCAACUCUUGAUGAUUGCAUACCUGAAGUUCAAUUCAGCUGAAGGUGGAGAUGAGCUAGAAGUGAAAAACCUGGCCACAGCUGGUCUUGUUGGAGGACUAAGCGACUCUGAUGCAUCACUCAAGAAAAAGGUCCUUACGUUCUGGAGAGAAAAAGGGGUUGGAGGGUCAGGCCUGACCUUAGCACAGCGCUUAAUCCAAUUAUUCAAGGCACUGUUCACCAACGACACUGCAAACCUGUUCCUUGGCAGUUUGGCCGAGUUGCUUCUGGAAGAGCUCACUACGUCGCCUGACUUUGAAAGUAAAAUCUUUGAGCAUAACCUCAGUGACUGUGUGUACGAAGAGAUGCAACCCCUGGUUUCCUGGCGAACACAACAUGCUACUGUGCAGCUCCCACUCUUUGUUCAGUCUCAAGCGAGCCAGUUAAUGUCCCAGUCAUACUCUGGAUCUGUCCCUGGAAUUGGAUUCCUCAGAGCCACUCAGCAAAUAUUUGCUUUUGACCCUACCUACGAAGAUACAACAGGACAAGAAGAAGAGUCAUUGGGGCAAUUUGCGGUUACGCAGUCAAGUUUGCUCUUUGAUUUGGUAUCUACAAAGAAGAAGAAACAAGAGAAACUUCCACUACCAGGAAUGGAAACUGAGACAAAAUCGAAUUUCCGAUUCAUAUCAGAUGAACGAAAGAAGAGAGCGUUUUUUGCUAAGAAGGAGCAAGUGUUGAAAAGCCGUAGAUCUGAUAUUGUCAAAGAGCAUAAGAAAAAGAGAGAGGGACAAGUUCAAUUGUUUCGUAGAUACAGACUUGGUGAUUUUCCCGACAUUGUCAUUCCAUUCAGUGCCAUCCUGCGACCACUUCAAGCCUUAGCAAAGCAAGAUCAGCACCUUUCAAAAACCCUACUAGUGUCAUUUUUCCAAUCAUUCUGCUCAAAAUUGAAGGAAGUUGACGUGAUCCAAUAUGAACGCUUCCUUCAAGAUCUCAAACAAGAACUUCAGGGUAUUUUUGAAAACACAACAGGAUGCGUUCCCAUGCUUCUAGGUGCCGUCAUGGAGAUUUCGUUGAAAGUCGAGUUUGAGCUCAAUCCCAAUCUCAUUGUGGAUGUGUGCUCUGUGAAUAGCUGCGCUUCUUUGGGAUGUCUUUUGCUUGAGAAGUACACCACGUCUCCAUUGACGGAUCCUGUAGAGCCAAAAAGGUCCAGAAGAGACGCCAUGCAGACCAGCGAUGCCAAGAUGAAAUGGCUAAAACUCGCAGAACUCUACCAACAGCUUGAAGACAGAGAUGUUGUCCUAGCGAUCAUCAGAGCAGCCCAGGAUGGAUCAAACAAUGCUCUAGUUGCAGCUGUCACGGCAGAAUCAACAGGUGAUUGGCUGCAAGCCAGACGUCAUUACAGCGUUUUCCUUGACCUAGUUGACGACGUCAAUUACCCUCCAGAAUAUGAUUUCAGUCUUGAUUCUUACUGCAAGUGCUUGGAGAAACUUUCAAAAUGGGAAGAAAUAGGGGAAAAGGUUUUGGAGGUGGCUAAUGUUGAAGAGUCUGACGUUUCAUCAUUGUGGCAAGACCCAUGGAAUCAAGAAAAAUUGCUACCCUGGUUUUUGAAAUCGCAAAUUUUCAACAUAUUGGAGGGUUCUCGAGACCAUUCAUACUUGUCGAGCUUGGUCACUAAUUGGCUCAAUGUUCCUGCAUACCUGAAUAUUUUGAAGAACCGAUUCAGUGAAGAAUUAUCGCUGAUUAGUCUAAUGAACAACGAUGCUGAGAAAAGUGAAUUUUACUUGAGGCUGAGUCUUCAGAUUCUUUUGGAACAGUGGUCAGUUCUCAGCAGUUUCCUCCCCAGGUCAAGAGUCAAGAAGCUUCAAUAUCUGCAAACUAUUGCUGAAAUUAUUGGAUUCUCUGAAGUGGCCGUCCAAGAAAGUCAUGCAACGUAUGAAAGUGUCCUAGAAAAGUUGUGCGACAAAUGGCAUGUUAGUCAGCCUGCAGCAGUCGACUCGUUAUUGAUGUGGGAAGCUCGAAUGGAGUACAGGACCCUGUUCGCCAAGUUAGCUCUCUCCACCCUGGAUAAAACAGAUUGUGAAAAUGUCCGUCUGUACCAAAUGCUGCGGCAGGCGAAACCAAAAAAUGAACUGGCCUUGGUUGGCCUGGCCCUUCAACAAAAGAACAUCAGCCUAGCCUCAAAAUUCAUCAAAACUACUCAGAGAUUGAAGAACGACAGUGAGCUUGGUUUGCAGUGGAAAGUGGCCCUUGGAAGAGUCAAAUGGCUUGCAGCUCAAACAAAAAAAGAUUCCGUUGCCUGCGUGAGAGACACCUGCAUUGCCUUUUCUGAUUUGUUCCAAUCGCUCCAACUGAAUUCAACAUCAAUGACCCUGAAUAGCAAUCAAAGGGCCAUCGUGAAUGGUGAAUUGGCAGAAAUGGUGUGGUCAGUUGCCAAAAUAUACAGAGAAAAUCCUGAUCUCAUUGUUCCAACUGAAACUCAAGCUGUGUUGCAAACUAUUGGAGCCAACACUGAGAAUAUGUCAGCCCUCAAUGAAAGCCUGGAAAUGUUUGGGCGAGUUAAAGCUCAGGAAUGCGUAGAUUUGCUCACAUGCGAAACCGACCAAAGCACCGUGUGUGUGAUUGAGGCUCUCAUGAGAAUCGUGCACCAUUCUAGGAAUUUUCUCUCAGAUCCAAAUCUCUCUGCAGCUGCACAAGAAGAGAUGAAACACAGUUUGGUGACCUCACUCUUGGAUGCCAUGAAACAUGGCUCAAAAGAAGCUCGCAUGCUCUUCCCUGGCUUGCUGCAGAUGGAUGAAGUGGCAAAGAGUUUAAAAGAGUUGUUUGUUGAAAAGACUAGAGCAGUUCCGGAAUGGAUGUUCCUUGGGUGGCUAACUCAGAUUUUGUCAUACAUUGAAACUGACAAAGUUGAUGCGAUUGAAGACAUCUUGCUGAGGAUUGGCAAAACAUACGCAAAUGCAUUGAUACUUCCAUUCCAGUUUGUCCUUGAACGGGUUUCUGUAGAUUCCACUAAAAAAACCAAGGCGCUGGUAAAAAAGUUGGAAUCUUUGCUGACAGUGGACAGUUUGACUGGGAAAAUGAUCAGCGCGUUCUCAUGUGUCAAACAGCCUGAAAUUGCAAUGCGCCCUCACAUUAUGCAACUGGCAGAAGAUGUUUCCAGGAAGGACUGUGAAGGCUUGAAAGUCCACUUCCGCAAAAUGCAGUUGGAACUUUUCCAGGGCGAGAAGAAAGACGACACAAUGCACGGUAUUGUGUACGAAAGAGUGUCUGAGUUGGUCUUGGAGCUGGAAAAUGCCAUGCAGCCGUUACUGAAACUGUCUCAGUUCGCCAAGAGCAAUUGUGACUCGGCUCGAGAAGCUUUGAAGAGAGUCUUGGCGACACUGAAUCGCUCUGUACCUGGCCUGGCGUUAUCGUUGACAAGGAGUUCGGUCGAAGAUUUCUGUCCAUGGCUCGCCAAAUUCCAAGCUUGCAAAUACGCAACUGAAGUUGAGAUCCCGGGGCAGUACACAGGAGACAAGUUGCCCAAUCCAAAACAACAUGUCAAAAUCAGCUCCUUCAGCCCUUCUGUUGUGGUUCUCCGAUCGAUGAGGCAGCCGAUCAAGCUCUCCUUUGUCGGCAGUAAUGGCCAGAAUUAUUCUUACAUCGUCAAAGCUGGCGAGGAUCUCAGGCAGGACGAGAGAUUGCAGCAACUUUUCAAAAUGAUGAAUGGUGUCUUCUCAGAAAACCAAAUAUGCAGAGAAAGGCAGUUCAAGAUCGUGACUUACCAGGUUGUACCUUUGAACACGAGGUGUGGGCUAAUUGAAUUUGUUCCCAACUGCCUCAGUUUGAAGGAAUUUUCAGAGGCAGCACUCUCCAAAACCGAAAAGAACCAGCUAAUAUCCACGAGAGCAGAAUUUGAAAGACGAAAUGGCAUAGAUGACAAACUUUCAAUCAAGGAGAAAUUCAAGUACAUUUUCACUCGCUGGAGCCGAGGAAAAACGGUAACCGCUUUCAAUGAGAUGACCGAAUCUUCACCUUCUCAGCCUCUACUGCGCUCUUUCAUGGAGCUCAGCAGUUCAAGUGAAGGUUUCUUUUGGUUGCGCCAAAACUUCACAUGCAGCUAUGCUGUGAUGUCCAUCUGCCACUGGCUUUUAGGCAUUGGUGACAGGCACCGAUCAAACACACUAAUUUGCCAGAAAUCAGGCGUUCCCAUCGGAAUCGAUUUUGGGCAUGCUUUCGGAUCAGCAACGCAAUUCCUGCAUGUGCCUGAGCUGGUUCCGUUCCGACUGACAAGACAUAUUGUUGACACGCUAGGUCCUCUAGGCACAAACGGUAGCCUUCGUGCUUGCAUGACUCAUGCCUUGCGAGCUUUGAGGGAAGACCACUUGAUUUUCCUGAAUGCCAUGCAGGUUUUCAUCCAAGAACCCUCAUUGGACUGGAAAGAGCACGCGAAAAGUUUGGCAAAGUCUCAGGGAUCAAGAAAGCCUGAUUCAGUUUCGUAUGAUGAUGCGAUGGAAACUGACGAAGAGGAAAAUAUGGCAGUCGCUUUUGCUGAGCAAAAAAUUGAGUUAGCUACAUACAAGCUGACUGGGUCCCUGCCAUCACUGUUGACUGAGGAGGAGCUGAAAUCCAGUGUGGUUAGCAGUGAGGUCAAACAAGCUCUGAUUCGUCUUGUUAGAGGCGGCGAGAAUUCAUUGCGACGGAAAUUAAGAGAAGAAGCAGAACAAGAAGCGCAUCUUGAGACUCUGAAAAUCAGUUUCACUCCUGAACAACAGAUUGACUGUUUGAUUGAGCAAGCCACAGACGAGCACAUUCUUGGAAAAACUUUUUGGGGCUGGGAGCCGUGGUACUAAUGCACAAUUUAACAAUUACAAAUUUCAUUCUGUUCUAUGUUACAGUUAUCUUGUAAGACAAAAUUAUUUGAAUUAAUUAAGUACCAUUAAAUUGAAUAUAUUUGUUUUUAAAA